AUGAAAAAGGCAAAGGAAUUGGAGCAUCAGGUCCCCACAAAUGCGAACUACGACCAUGAGAAGGCAGAAAUUCCAGAGACUAAGAAAGCUCAGAGGUACCCAAUAUCACCAACUGCUUUAGAGAUUCUAAAAUCAUACAAUACUUUGACAAGACGCCUUUGCAAUAGCUCUGCCUCUGAAAUUAAUCAGGUUAACCAACUCAAGAACCGAACUCUAAGAGGGAGAAAGCUCUCCACAGAGGAAGUGAUUAGGAUAGCAGGGGAACAGUAUCUCGACAAAGGCGAAAACGUCCCUCUUCAAUUCAAUCCCCAGCUCUCGAACAUGAGCAAUGAAGACAUCGAGAACAUAGAGCUAAUCCACUUGCUCUUAUCCUCAACUGAAAAGAUCGAAAACAAGCAAUUUGAUAGAGCAAAGGGCCUUCUCAUGGUUUGCGAUUUCAAGUCUUCACCAGUUGGAAACCCAGUUCAGAGGCUAGUCCUCUAUUUCGCUGAAGCUCUUUGGGAGAUUUUAGAGAGAGAAACGGGGGUAAGAUCUCAGAACCCAACUUCCACACAAGAGAAUGGGGAUGAAGAAAGAGUAUUAAUGGGUUUUCACCCUGCUAUAUUGGUAUUUUACCAGGUCGUUCCUUUUGGGAAAAUCCUUCAAUUCACAGCAAGUCAAGCUAUGCUUGAUGCAAUGGCCUCUUCAACAAGGAUUCAUUUUAUUGAUCUUGAGGUGAGAACAGGGAUGCAUUGGACCAUGCUAAUGCAGAGCCUUUCAGCAAGGCUUGAUCACCCUGUUGAGCUUCUGAAAAUAACCAUGGUGGGGAACUCCAGAGAAAGGAUGGAAAAAGCAGGUAACAGGCUUCUCGGUUUCUCAGAAACUCUAAAACUUCCCUUUGUAUUCAAUCUGGUUGUUGUCUCUGACAUGGGAGAAGAGAUAAGAGAGAGAUUGCCAAUGGAAGAUGGAGAAUCGGUCGCUGUUUAUGCACCUCUGGUGCUAAGCAGCAUGCUAGUUAAGCCCCACUAUUUGGAGAAUCUUGUCAAAGUCAUCAGCAGCUUGUGUCCUGAUAUAAUGGUGAUCACAGAGGUGGAAGGGAAGCACAAUUCUCCAUCAUUCGUGAAGAGAUUCACUGAGGUUUUGUUCUAUCAUGCUGCUUAUUUCGAUUCUCUUGAUGCCUUCUUCGACUCCGAUGAUGCGAAUCGAUUGGUGACAGAGAGACUGUACAUGGGUACAAAUAUUCGAAGCAUGGUGGGGAGAGAUGGAGAAGAAAGAAGCAUCAGGCAUGUUGGGGUUGAUGUGUGGAGGCUGUUUUUGACGAGGUUGCUGUUUGAAGAGGUUGAGCUUAGCCAAGAUGCCUUGUAUCAGGCAAGUCUUAUAGUGAAGCAGCAUGGCCACGCUGAUUCUUGCACAUUGGAGUUGAAUGGAAAGCCUUUGACAGUUGGGUGGAAGGCCACACCAUUGUACUCUGCUUCUGCUUGGAGGUGCCAUAGGAAGGGUUCUUCUGUCCUCUCUCUCUCACUCUCUCGCACGCUCGGUAAAUUAACCCGCAAUGUUACCUACUGA